CGAAAAACAGUCUUACGCGUUAGUUAGACUAGCUAGAGAUUCCCACACAAUAAGCAAAGCGGCGUUUAAACUAAAGUCCCUCCCAAAAACCAAGAAAAAAUCAAAGAAAGCAGAGCUUUUGUCAGACCGUUACCAAUUCGUCGACAGCUACAAACACGUAGUCMUCUAUAUAUAUAUAUAUAUAUAAUCCCCCGUCAAGUAGUUACACGAAAAUCCCCAAAAAUAGCACGUCUACUUGAGCGUUUGCGUCGCAUCAACAAAAAGAAAAUGUUCUACUCGCUCGUGCAGACCAUUGUUUGUGUGCUGCUCAUUCAGGCCGGCAUUUAUGCGCUGCACUUGAAUGGACCAAGCGCUAACAGCAAUGGCGCGAGCUUGGGUAGCAACGGCGGCGGCGUUGGCGGCAUUGUUGGUGUCAAUGCGCCAACGAGUCACGGCGGUAGCGGCGCCGCACAGCUCAAUGCCGCCGUCAAUACAAAUCAAAUGCUCAAUAUACUCUCCGCCAAUCAGCAUGCGCAACAUCUGCAUGCCGGCGGCAGCGGUAGUGGCAGUGGUGGCGGCGGCGGUAUUGGGCUCUCGCGUACGUUAAGCAAUUCCGCUGUCAAUCCGUUGGAUAAUGCCGGUCGCUUAUCACAGGAGUUGGCCGAUAGAGCACAGCUCGAACGCGAACGUCUCAUGUUACUCGGRCUGGCAAAACAGACAGCGCUGGCCAAUAGUGGUACUGGUCAUCAUGGACGUCCCAUUAUUACUGGACGUAUACAAAUGAGUCCCGUCGAUGAUGUGGAGAGCGACUAUUCAUCGCUGUUGUUGCCACAGACACGUGGUCCGCUAUACGGCAAUGUUGUUAAAGAGCCGGCGGCUGUGGAGAAUGAUGAGUAUGUUGAUGAGGAGCAGCGUGAAUACGAUAGAGCACGUUUGGCUAAUGGCGCACAUAGAAAGUAUGAGUAUGGUCGUAUAGUCGAGCCAGCUGAACGUGAAGUGUAUGCGGAGCCGCAGCCCAUCGAUGAGUUGGAUGAGCUAAUUGAAGCUGAACCGGAGAUGGAUGAUGUGCUCUCCGAUUUGGAGAGCUAUCAGUAUUUGGAUGAGCUGCUGCCGCCCGAACAUCGCAGUUUGUGGGGUGAUGACGGUUUGGGUUAUGGCAUAGCCGGUGGCAAUAGUCGUYCGCAUCAUUUGAAUGACGGUUUCCCAUUGCUAUUGAAUCCAUAUCGCACGCUUGAGGAGUUGGAGAAUAGUCCGUCGCACACCUUGCAAGAAAUAUUCGAAAAGGAGUCGCAUGACAAAGCCGAGACGAAAGCCCACCGCCAACAUGCGUCACACCCGACACGCGAGCAGCAGAAGCAGCAGCAGCAGCAACAAUACGAACAACAACAACAACAACAACAACAACAACAACAACAACAACAAGCACGUCAUCAGCAGUCAACGCAACCACAGCAGCAAUAUACAUUCAGCGCCGGCGUUAAGCACCGCAACGCUGGUGGCUACGGCGGUGACUACAACAACAACAUGCAACAGAAAUGGCAACGUAAGCGUUCGCAACAACAACAGCAGCAACGUCAAUUGCAGCAAUGGCAACGCAAUAUAUUCGGCCAGCAACUGAAACAACAACAAUUACACCAUUUCGGCGCGCAGCCACAGCGUCACAACAAACUGUCGCUGGCCAACUCAGAAGCCACCGCCACUAAACAUAUACCGUUAAAUGGCAGUACCAACGACCUCAACAACAACAGCAAUAACAAAUUGUCAAGCGCUUUGAACGCUUUGGCAACGCAACAACAAAGUUCCUCCGCACCCAAAAUAACCAGCGGCGAUGCGGCUAUGAAGAGUGAUCAGCUGCAGCACCAACAACGACAACAACAGCAACAACAGCAAGAACAAGAUGAGCCCAGACAGAUUGGCAAGGUUAGCACUGCUGAUGUUGCCAGUCCAGCAACGGGCUUAUCAAAGGCUGCUGCCAAAUUGAAGGCACAGCAGCAGCAACAACAGCAACACAAAAAACAGCAGACGCCGUCACAAAAGCAAGAUUCUUUCUUGCAUCCCAAUCGUAAGCGCUCCGGCAGCGUUGGUGGCGUCGGUGCCGCCAAUGGCAUSUCGGCAGCGGCUGCUGCGGCGGCGACUAACGGUUACUCCUCCAUCGCCAGCCAGCUGAUGUUGCGUACAGCGCGAGGGCAGCGGCAGUAUGACGUGCCACAAAUAGCCAACACACAUUCUCCGUACACUAAAGAUGAGCUAAAUGAGCCGUGA